CUAAACACCGAACUGAAGGCCAUCCGGUCUUCGACAAAAUCCAUGAUCCUGGCCAUUCAGAAAAACAACGUCACUCACAAAAAAGUGUUAGAGCUCAGGAAAACUACGAGGCAAGCCGUGGCAGAGGCCGAAGCGAAGACGGCCGAGCUAGAGGAGGCCAGAAAGCACAUGGCCGAGCUACAAGCUGAGAACGGCCGACUGGCCGGACUGGUUAGCUCGGCCGAAGCAGAAAAGCAGAAGGUAGUCAUUGUUUUAAAGGAUAAGUAUCUGCGGGAGCUGGUGAAGCUCGAAAGGAAGAAAGAUGCCGAAAUAUCCCAACUGAAGGAGAGCGCAAAAGGAGCCGAAAAGCAAGGCUACAAGAAGGCAAAGGAUGCUUAUGUCAAGCAGUGCGAAGCUGCCAAGGAGCUAUUCUUGAAGUGCGGUUGGAGGGCAGCUGUUGAGAAGCUCGGUUACGAUCCACAGACCGAGGUUUUCAACCCUCCAGCCUACUUCAUACCGAACUCCCUUGUGGAGUAUGCUAAUGCCAUGCAACAGCAGUUUCUUGAAGGUUCAGACUCUGAUGAAGACUCUGCCUCUGAGGAUACUCCGGUUGUCAAUGUGGAUCAGACAGUUCGACCGGAGCCCACGGUGGAAGAUCUAACUAUUGAACAACCAGGUGAAACCGUGGUUCCGACCGAAACCACCCUUGUGACCGAGAACGAGCUCCCGCCAGAAACCGGUCUUCAUGUUGAUGCCGAUGCUGCCUUUGAUGCCGAAAUUGAAGAUCUUUUCUCAUGAUUUUGUUCUUUCUCUCUUUGUUGUUACCUUUUGUCUUUGUAACCGGGCUAUGCCCCUCUGUAAUUGCUUUUUAAUGAAUGAAAAUUUUGCUUGAACUCUUAUUCCGGUUUUGAUUUGUAUGCUUGCACUUGAUCUUUUCAUGUCCAACAUUUAUCUCGGUUUUUGCUUGUUUGAACUAACUUAUGCUUACCAGUCAACCACUCCUUAGCCGACAUAAUUACUUCGGCUGAGGAGUACACAGAUUUGGUUUAAUCCAGCCAACCACUUUUCAGCCAUACCCUUACUUCGGCUGAAGAGUAACAGGAG